CCGCGCCGGACGUGACGCCACUCCCGGACGUGACGUUCGUCGCGCGCCACGCCAGGUUGCAACACAUGUUCAUCUAAUCGCAGCAGCGCGCGGAGCGAGGCCCCGCGAGUGAGCGCAGCCGCCGCCGCCGCCUCUCCCUCCCUCCCUCCUCCUCCCUCCCCUAGCCGAGCGCGUCGAACUUCAGCCGCGUCCGCUGGGUCUUGCCUUCCGCGCAGGACAGCUGCCCCCGUCUCAGCCGCCGCCGCCGUCGUCCGUCUCCCCUCUUGGCCGUUGCCCUCCUCCCACUCCCUCCGCCUUCAUUGUUUUAGGAGCGAACAUGGCGGACGACCCGACGGCGGCCGACAGGAACGUGGAGAUCUGGAAGAUCAAGAAGCUCAUCAAGAGCCUCGAGGCAGCGCGCGGGAAUGGCACCAGCAUGAUCUCACUGAUCAUCCCGCCCAAGGACCAGAUCUCGCGCGUGUCCAAGAUGCUUGCAGACGAAUUUGGCACAGCCUCCAACAUCAAGUCGCGCGUCAACAGGCUGUCCGUGCUCGGAGCCAUCACGUCUGUACAGCAGAGGCUCAAGCUCUACAACAAAGUCCCUCCCAAUGGAUUGGUGGUUUACUGUGGCACGAUCGUCACAGAGGAGGGUAAAGAGAAGAAAGUCAACAUCGAUUUCGAGCCUUUCAAGCCCAUCAACACUUCGCUUUACUUGUGCGAUAACAAGUUCCACACAGAGGCUCUGACGGCGCUGCUUUCAGACGACAGCAAGUUUGGCUUCAUCGUGAUGGAUGGAAAUGGCGCGCUCUUUGGCACGCUGCAGGGCAACACUCGAGAGGUCUUGCACAAGUUUACUGUGGACCUCCCCAAAAAGCACGGACGUGGAGGUCAGUCAGCGCUGCGUUUUGCGCGGCUUCGCAUGGAGAAGCGGCACAACUACGUGCGAAAGGUGGCAGAGACAGCCGUGCAGCUCUUCAUCUCCAACGACAAGCCCAACGUAGUGGGCCUCAUCCUGGCAGGGUCAGCUGAUUUCAAGACGGAGCUCAGCCAGUCCGAUAUGUUUGACCCGAGGUUGCAGUCAAAGGUGCUGAAAAUUGUGGACAUAUCGUAUGGAGGGGAAAAUGGCUUCAACCAGGCCAUAGAGCUGUCUCAGGAGGUGCUCACAAGUGUCAAAUUCAUCCAAGAGAAGAAGCUCAUUGGCAAGUACUUCGAGGAGAUCAGCCAGGACACGGGAAAGUACUGCUUUGGGGUGGAUGACACGCUGAGGGCACUGGAGAUGGGCGCGGUGGAGAUCCUCAUCGUAUGGGAGAAUCUGGAGAUUACGCGAUACGUCCUGAGGUGCAACCCAGCUGAAGCUGAAGACCCGGAGAAGGUUUUGUAUUUAACGCCAGAGCAAGAAAAGGACAAGUCACACUUCAUUGACAAAGAGACGGGGGUGGAGCAUGAGAUGGUUGAGAAUAUGCCACUGCUGGAGUGGUUUGCCAACAACUACAAGAAGUUUGGAGCCACGCUGGAAAUCAUCACGGACAAGUCCCAGGAAGGCUCCCAGUUUGUCAGGGGCUUUGGAGGCAUUGGAGGCAUCCUGCGAUACCGGGUUGACUUCCAGGGGAUGGACUUCCAGGGUGACGACGAGGAGUUCAAUCUGGACGACUACUGAGGGACGGGCUCGGCGCCUCCGGCUUCAAUCACGUGCCUAGAGUACACACGGCCACCGCGGGGGCAAUUGGGAGAAAACCAACAACCAACCCGCCCAGCCCUGCCUUCUGAAAAAUAAUUAAAUAAAUAGCCCCGCCGGAUAUAAGUCAGGCCUGAACCUUGACUUGACAAAAGGAAAAAAAAGACUGCUUGUUCAUAUUGUCCCACGACCUUAUUGUUGGUUGCACAUAUCCAGCGGGCACCCUGUUAAUAAAACUUAGUCUGUGUAACUACUUUGUUUCCCUUUCACCUGCGGUUCGUCUCCAUUUCAGCCAAAUUGCAAGUUGCCAACAAAAGCCUGGCCUCCUUGCAAAGGUUUUGGUCAUUGUCCUUCUUUGCAUCCAAACUCUUCCAAUGACAUUCUUAAGUAGUGUUGGUUUGCCUAGACUGAGCACUUCUCGUGGUUUCUUAUAUGCACAUUGACUGCCAACCAAUUUAUACGUGUCCCUUUGGGGUAAGCGCAUGUUUUGUGUGCGCGGCUAUGAAACCACUGGGACUAUUGGUCCACAUGGGCCACAUUUGGCAGUUGCUGCUUUUGCGUAGGAUGCACCGACCCUGUGUCGUUACACAGACUAACAGGAGCUUCACGAAUGCUGAGGAUAUCCCUUUUUUUUAACGAACCACAAAUGAACUAAAUCACACCAAUCUGCACCACAGAACGGAGCCAGAAUGAAGAUGUCUGCAUCCAUGGCCCAAUAUUUUUCGGAAUGGAGAACUGAUGCCAGAAGGACUAAAAAAGGAGCUUUGCCUGCAAUCAAGAAGGCAGUUGUUGUUUGCACAGUGUUAUUGGUGCAUUGUUGAUGUGUGUGAAUUGCUGUUGCAUUGUAAACAUUUAUGAGCAGAGUAUUCCAAAAUCUACAACAUGGAAGUAGGAUAUUUUCAUUUUUUUUAUGCAGUGAGGUAAGGGACCAUCUUGCAGUUUUAUUAAUUCCCUUAAUUGACGGUAGACUACCUACAAUUUGUGCAGUCCCCAUUCUGUUGCCAAUCCCGAAAAAAAACUACAAGAUGGUCCACAAUAAUUGCGCAUAUUUAUUUGGAGUUUGAGGGGCCACUGUAGCUGCGUGCUUAAUUCUAUAGCACAGCUGUCUUGAAGCAAAACGGUGACUACACAUUAGUUGUUUUUUCUCGCGAAUUUUAAGUUCGGCUUUUUAAAGCUGCCCAAGGCAGGGCUGGCAACACUGUCCGGUGGUCUGUGAACUCGUUGUACAAUGAAUACCAGGGUUCUGCCAUUGUAUUUCAUUGAACGUACAAAGAAAUCCUGGUGUUAUUACCCAACGAGAAAUUGAAAGAUUGAGGUCUUCCUCAUUUUUCAGAGUAAAUAAAAAAAGAUUUAAAUAUUGCA